AUGGAGGCUCAGGAACCAGCCGACCCACUCCAUCAGGAGGCAGUAGCACCAGUUGAUCCAGUUGAAUCUGUCAAGCCACAGACUGUAGCAUCACCUUCAGUUGCACCAACCACUGUCUUUGAUUCAUCCUUAACUGUGGAAUUUCAUCAGGAUGACAACCUUGAUGACAAGGAACCAGCUUCUUCAGAUGCACAGGAGACCGUUCACCUCACCAGCGAGGAAUCAGAAUAUGAAGGAGGUGAUACAUCUGAAAGCUCUGUAGAAUAUACCAAUUACGAGAACAGAUAUAAUCUUAGUAAGGGUAAAAAGAAGGGUUCUAAUGCUGUAGGUGACACAGCACAGAAGGCCUCUCAGAAGCGUUCUAUUAGGGAACUGGCAUCUACUCCACCAGGAUCUGAUCAAGAGGGAUCUGCCAAAAAGGCUUUCAAACAACAAGAGGACAGCCAUAUGGACGAGGCCGAGCAAGGCAACUCCUCCACAAUCAAAUCACUAUAA